AUGACCAACAGUGACGCAGGCUCCACUCUGAACCCCCAACUGCGACGGCCCCGGCUGGUUGGCGAGUCGUCCACGGGCCCAACGACACCACCCGAAGGCGAGAUCACUGAGCCCGUUGUUCACGUUGGCAGGCGUCUCGGUCGAGGGCGCACAGGUGAAACAUUCUUUGGUUUGUUAGCGGACGUGCCUGCGGCCAUCAAGGUCGCCCACGCUCAAGAGGCCCAAGAGGAAUUGCGACACGAGACAAGCUUUUACGCGGGCCCGCUGCGCGAGCUCGAGGGCGACGUUGUGCCCCAUUUCGUGGGGCUCUACGAAGGUGUCUGGAACAGCGGAAGAGUCCUCGCUGCUGUCAUGGAGUACGUCGGCGAGCCGAUUGGAGUCGACGAGGACAUGGCAUGGGGCUGGUUCUCCCUUGAGGAUCGCACGGCGAUCCGCACGCUAUACCGGAAGCUGCACGAGAAGGGCGUGUCGCACGGCGACAUGAGGAUGGCGAACACGAUGCGCGCUGCAGACGGCAAGAUCCGUCUUGUGGAUUUCGCUGAUGCGAUGACGGAGACCCUGGAAUCGGAGGCCAAUGUAGCCGACUUUUAUCUCGGACGGCACGAGUAG